AUGUCUUUUUCUUUCUCCGUUUUUUUUUUUUUGUUUUUUGUUUUUGUUCUGUUUCCUAGUUUUUACUGUUGUAUUCCUUGUUUGCUUCUUCUUGACGAUUUUCUUCUUCUCUUUCUUUCUUGUUUGUUUCUUUUUCUUCCUCAUCUUCGUGUGUGUUUACUGCAUCUUCUUGAGAAUUUUCUUCUUUUUCUUCUUCUUGUUCUUAAGGUUUGUUUCUUCUUUUUCUUAAGUGUUUGCUUCUUCUUCUUCUUCUUCUUCUUCUUCUUCUUCUUCUUCGUUUUCUUGAGUGCUUGGUGCUUCUUUUUCUUCGAGUGUUUGCUCCUUCUUCUUCUUGAGUGUUUGCUUCUUCUUCCUCUUGAGUGUUUACUGCUUCUUCUUCUUGAGUGUUUGAUGCUUCUUUUUCUUCUUGAGUCCCUCAACCUUUUCACUCUCUCCUUCACACACUCACUCUCCCUUUCUCUCUCUCUCUCUCUCUCUUUCUCUCUCUUUCACACACAGAUACAUACACUAUCUCUCAUUCUCUCAACGCCAAAUCUAGUCAUCAAGAAACUGUCACUUCUUAGCAAAAUUUCCGCUUUCUCUUUCAUUUAUUCUUUUCUUUCUGCUUUCUCUUAUUUGUUUUAUUUGUUCGAUUUGUUCGCUUUUCUUUUCUUCAUCUUUCUUGUUUUGCUUACCCAGCUGGACACAAUUCCCCCUGGAGGCUCAAGCAACCCGUCCGUAAGUAACCCCUUCUCUCUUCCUCUUUCCUUUUCUUCACAUAUUUUCUGA